GUUCGCGUUCUCAGUCAGUCGCGUCCCGCGUGGAAUUCGAAGCGUGCGCCUCACAAAUUACGAUGAUAAAUAAGUUAUGGCUGUGGGUUUUUAUGAUUAAAAAUGAGGCGAGUUGUUACCUGUGUGCCUCAUUAAUAACGAAAAGCGCGUGAGAAAGAAGAAACGACGAUCUCGUGCGUGAUCGCUGCGAACAGAACCUCCAAAAAGACCAGCGCGACCAAGAAAGGGCUAAAGCCGUGUUUUGAAUCGAGAAGUUGUGUAGACGCGCAACAAUCCGAGAAAUACACCUGUAGAGGACCCUUGAGAAACGGCGGGGAUCCCUUAAGACAAUUUAUCACCGCACACACACCGUAUUCAAAGUGCGACCGGCGCAACAAUGGCGAACGGCGUCGCAGUGCAACAAACAAGAGACAAAAAGGCAGCUCAAUGAUCUUUCGUCUUUUCGCCCUUUGUGCGCCGCUCUGUCUCUGGAUGGGUUUUGUCUUUCACUGGCGGUUCGUGCCAUUCCAUCUUUCUUUUUUUCGGGAAAACGAAUUGAUGCAGCAUGUGAGUAGUUGAUGCUGUUCACAACAGACACAACAUGGAGAAGUCACAACUAGAAAGUAAUGAAAUACCUACUGUAACUCAAGACAUGAUAGAUGCUCUUGCAGCUCAAUAUAUACCAUUUCAACCUAUUAAUUACACAAAUCAAUUGAUAGACACUUAUGCAGAACUAUUGAAAAUCACAGAGGUAAACAUCAGUGAAUAUAAAGAAGAAGAAAAUAAGCAAAGGGCUGCGAAUUAUGCUCAACAAAAGGAAAAGAUUAAGCUUUUAUGUGAUCUAGUGAAUGAUCGAUCUGUAUACAUUGAUGCAUUGAAGAAUUCUGUUCAACACCAAAAAGACUGCAAUGAAACUCAAUGUUUACAGCAUAUUUUAACUAAUGAAUUGAGUGAUUUAAAACAGAAAUAUGGAGAAAAUGUUCUGGAAACAUCUGAGAAUAUUCUAAAACAUUACAUGGAUGUAUUCCACUUUAAAAUUAUUCAAAUUUUAGAUAUGAAUGAAUAUUUAAGAGUGGUUAUACAAUUUUUAAUAGAUGGUAAACUAAUUUCCCAAUUUCCAGUGCAAAUGGACAUUGAAAAGAAGUCAAAUAAAAUUAUUGAUAUUAAGACACAGAUUUAUCCUCCAGAUAAGUUGAUGGUUUGGUUAGAGAAGCGUAAGGAGGUUAGUGUUUUGGAGUGAAUUCGCCAAAAAUUACCAGAAAAGUGGAUAUCAAAUAUGGAGAAUCAAAUAAUAUUUGAGGUUUAUUUUUUGAUGGAAACUUCUGUAAUACUUGGCAGGAAUAUUAUUAUAAAGUAUGAAAAAUGCAAAAAUGGAAAUAAAUCAUGAAUAUAUUAAUGA